CUGUCUCUUCUUUCUUUCCAGGCCGUUGACGGGUUAAAAUCAGUUUUGUGCUUCUUUGACAAGGAAUCGUCAAGAUGGCAGACACGGCGAAAGCGUGGAGGAGGUUUGGCGAGAGAAAAAACUGACUUUUGUUUGCAAAUUCCCUGCGUAGACAGCAUUGUUUUGUAGACCACGAUCCGUAUUCCUUAACUGUAAUAGUGCGUGGCUGUAUUUUGGUUUGAGAAAUGUGUUUAAUGUCGUAUUUUGUUUGUGUUGGUGGAGUUGUAAACAUCCGGGAAUCUGUCUCCACCCAUCUGCCUCAUUUGGUUGUGUUCAUUUUUACUUUGUUAAUUUUAUUUAAAAUGUUAAAUUAACGGUUAAUGUCAGGCAUAGUUAAAUAAGGUGUAUGACAGGAGCUACUUGGUGUAGUGCGCACUUUUCUUUAACAAAAGUACCUUUGUACUACUAUGCCUAAUAUAUUUCGGUAUAAAAUGCAGCCGUUAUAAUAGAACUGUGCUGUAGUAGAAUUCCAGGUACAAUGUUACAUAAAAGAAGGGUAUUUUCUUUGCCAUAGAACAAUAACCUAAUGUGUAACUGAAUUCUGCAUGUAUGCCAGCACCUUUUGCACCACCUAGUCUAUAAGUAACACAAUUGCAUACCAGUUUUGCUCCAGUGCAUUAGUGUAAGGCCUCUUUUUUGCCUCGGGUGAAUUAAACUACACGCUUUAAGAAUGAAUGUGUUUGAAUCCUAGUGAUUUUCUUCAUGUAAGCAGUUUCUGCACUUUUUAUAGUAGUGUUUUUGUUUUGUUUUUUUAUCAAGUAGAAAGUGAUACAUUUUACAAUUACACAUGUUAUGGCAUUGAAACCAAUAGUAGAACCCAGUAAGUAAGGGUAUGAGAUUGGAACAUACUGUGUGAACAAAGGAGGGCAAAAAUGAAAGACCCCAGCCGUAGCAGCACCACACCCAGCAUCAUCAAUGAUGACCUGAUUGUCAAUGGACAGUCCCACGAUGAGGACAACCCAUUCGCGGAGUACAUGUGGAUGGAGAAUGAAGAGGAGUUUAACAGACAGAUUGAAGAGGAGCUGUGGGAGGAGGAGUUUAUUGAGCGAUGCUUUCAGGAAAUGUUGGAAGAGGAAGAAGAACAUGAGUGGUUCAUUCCCGCAAGGGACCUGCCACAGACCAUCAACCAGCUACAGGGCCAACUCAAUGGGCUGGUCAUCAGCGACUGCAGUGUGCUGGAUAGCCUUGCGGUCCACAGUAACUUAAACCCAAAUGCGAAAGAGUUUGUUCCUGGGGUCAAGUACUGAAUAUCAGAAAAUAGGCCUCUCUUGAUGGAUGUAGCUCAACCACACUGUGAGGCCAGUAUUGGAUGAUAAAUUGUGAAAGCUUCUCUUUGUCACUGUGUUACAUUUAAUGCAUUGCCAAAGUGUUCAGUUAGUCUUGCAUGCUUAAAGUGCUGAGACUGUGUUAUUAAAAAAAAGAGCUGAUACGCAAUAUUUUGGGGUAUUGUGAGUAAGAGGCACCAGUCAAUAACUAUGGUACUUGUGCAAUCUAUGUGUGUUACCUUAAUGUAAAACAUUUCACUUCAAUGCAUAAUUUUUUGGUGUUGUAUAAGUGUUUCAUAGAUGUUUAGAUAAAGGUGUGUACUUUUAUUUUACUAGUGAAUACAACAUGCAGAUUUGUAUUGCUAUGAAGGCAUUUCCUUAAAGAGAACCAACCUGCAGCCCUUUGUUAUUUUUGUAUGUAUUUACUUUUUCCCCACAGUAGGGGGAUGGUUAAGGCAUACAGAUGCUGCAUUCUUGUGUGGUCAGUAGGUGGCGCCAUUCUCCCCCGCCUUUUUUUUUAUAUAAAAAUCUGAACGUGCCAGAAUAUAAGGGGUUUUUUUUUUUUUUUUUUUUUUUUUUUUUUUUUUUUUUUUAACCAAUUUUUUUUAUCCAAUUUAAAUUCAGUAAUCCAUGCAUAUAUUACAUAGAAAAACAAAUGAAUUAAUAUUGUAGUGCAUGAUUGCUGUUCUAUAGAUUUAAGCAAUGCUAAUUGCUGUUUUUUUAUUAUUUGAGAUUAUUGCUAGUGCGGGAGGUGGGAAAAAUAAAAUAAUUUGCUAUAUAAACACAUCAGUUCAGUUACAUAAACCACCAUGUUAGAUUGGGGUCUACCUGUAGUAUGUACUGGCUUUUUUUUUUUUUUUUUUUUUUUUUUUGCACUGAUGAGAUUUUAUAUUGUUUGCACUUCUGCAGGAUAAAUCUACUUUUAUUACAUGAGGUUUAAACAGCGACCAGCAAUAAUAGCAGAAUUGAUAAAGUAUUUUGUUUAAGUUUUUAUUUACUUUUUUUGUUCUGUGUUUUGCCAAACUGCCAUUUUGACAAUUCUUACCUGUAACUGGUGUGUUAUCUGAAAGACUGCAGUUUUAAAUACAAUGA